GUUGGCCGAGCUGCCAGGGCAGCUGAAAGCCUUUCGGAUACAAGAUGCCGCAUGCUACUGCUGUGCACACGGCCACCGUCAUCCAAAGACGGGGGCAAAGAUUCCGUGUGAUCGAGAGUACGUGUACUGGAUGAUUCGAAGGUGGUUUCAUGAUCCAGAAGCUCCGGCGGAGUCGAACCUGGAUUCGUUCAAUGCAAUGGUGAGAGAGCAGCUGGCACCUGUGGUGCUCAAGCAUGCAGGUGGGAGCACGCUGCCUUUGAGCUACGCUCUGUACGCCUGUGCCGCCUGCAACCUGCCCUGGCUCAUUGACUACAUUCCCUGGUGGUGGGCUGCUGUGGAUUCAGGAGAGAAAACUGGCAUUGCAUUUUUUUUGUGGUUCCUCCGCGCCCUGAUGCUGUACCUGUACCACGCUCUUCUGCAGCUGGCAAUGAUGCGCAUUUGCACGAUGAUGUGGAAAGCCUUGCUGCCACUGGCCGACCGAAUCUGGCGUGUUGUAUUGACAACGGUGCAGAUUGUUAUCAUGCUCGUCAUUGCGAUGGUUUUCUGGCUGGCGUUUCGCAUUGUGUACCAGGUCACAGACAGCACGAGUUUGCUGCCUUCCGUGCCUUUUUUCGCUGUC